AUGCCGGUCAUCGCAGCAAUAGCCGACGAGCAUGACAACAGAAAGGGCUCCAAAGGCGCAAGAGCUCUUUAUCAAAUCUCCCUCGAUCGCGUCGCAAAUGCCAUGCUGAAUGAGCCCAAGUCAUACGAACUGAUCAUGGCUCUGCCUUGGAAGCUUCAGCAGGACCUGUGGACACACGUUCUGGAAGAUCGCCGAAAGCGACAACUCAUCGAAGGCGAACUCGCGGUCAAGAAAGCCAGCAUGCCUCUGAUGGAUUGGGAGGUCUAUGCUGGUAUCGACAAGAAUGCUGAGUUCAAUGAAGCUCACCCAGAAGAAGUGGUGACUGGUGACGAGAUCAGCAAAUACAACAAGGACUGGAAUGAUCGUUGUCUCUGGAGGAAGUUCCUCAAGUUGGCCGACGUUUCUCUUCCUGUCGAAAAAGUGUGGCAAUGGCACCUCAAGGAGGAGAACACUCUAUUUGUGUACGAGAAAUCUGCGUCUUCUUCGAUAAGAUACGGCUGCACACUUACGAAGAAGCUUCGGGAAGGGAUCUCCUACCAUUGGAUGAGCUCAUUUCCCCUGGUCUCGCGAGGCACCGCCUGGACAUGCUGCAGCAUGCGUCUGCCUGUGGCAUGUACCAACAGCAAGCUGAUGGCGAUGUCUAUUGGGGCAUCAACGAAGUCAUGCACCUAA